AUGGAGCAAGCAAGCAAUGAGGCAUUGAGAGAAGGCGCGGAUGGACCCAGCAAGGCGUUGACUGGCGCUGCGGAUGAGAGCAGUGGAGUGCCAGUGAAGGGAGAGCAGCCAAGCAGGGAUGGGUUGAAGGAAGUAGAGGCGGCGAGCGCUGCUGAGGUGUUAAGUGCAGGAGGUGUGGGAGGAGGAGGAGGAGGAGGAGGAGGAGGAGGAGGAGGAGGAGGAGGAGGGAGGAAUGGAGGAGGGAGCAGUCGGCGAGUGAGAGGCGGCAUAAGAGAGAGUUCCAGGUGCGGUGAUGGCUGCAGGGAUGAUCCAAGGGGAGAGGCAGGAGAGGAGAAACCGGAGAGAUUGAUUGUCAGACAGAUGCUGCUGUGCCUCGUGUGCCGCACCCUUCACAGUCUCAUUUUCCUCUCGCCCAACAUUGCCUGCCUGCUUCACUCCACUGCUCCCAACUGCAUCAUCCACGCACACGCGCCUCGAGGCAACCGCGUCACAUGCUUCUCUCACCGCCUUUCUCCCUUCCCCAUUCGCCUUCGCCUCCCCUUCGCCUCCCCUCUUCAACUCUCUCCGCACCUCCUCACCCUUCUCUUUCCCACUUUUCUGUGCGCGCACCACUUGCUCUCUGCGCGCAAUACCACCCCCCUGCUUCGCCUGUGCGUCACUGCGGCUAUUACCCUGCCCGCCUGGCUCAUUGUCGACUGCUGCCACUGCUGCUACCUUCCCUCUGACAACCGGGUUCCUUUCCCCCUUCCGCACCUGCCCGCUCUGUUCAACCGCUAG